AUGACGACCCAGCCUGAAGUUGGAGUGCCGGACUUUGUCCUUCUGGACAAUUUGACUACGGAUAAAUUUAUUGAAAAUCUGCAUGUGAGAUUCCAACACAACAAAAUCUACACGUACAUCGGGGAAGUCUUGGUCUCUGUGAAUCCAUACAAGACUCUGGACAUCUAUGGGGCGCAGCAUAUGGCCCAGUACAGGGGGCGGGAGAUGUUCGAAGUUCCCCCCCAUGUCUAUUCCGUCGCUGAUGCCUGCCAGAGGGUGCUGCGGCAACAGGGCAGGGACACAUGCGUGCUGAUUUCCGGCGAAUCCGGGUCAGGCAAAACGGAGGCUUCCAAGUUCAUCAUGAAGUACAUAGCGGCGAACACCACGCAGGUGCACAGGGAUUAUAUAGAUAGGGUGAAAAACGUUCUUAUACAAUCGAAUUCAAUUCUCGAGACGUUCGGUAACGCGAAGACGAACAGAAAUGACAAUUCGUCCCGUUUCGGCAAAUAUAUGGAUAUAAACUUCGACUACAAGGGUGACCCGGUCGGUGGGCACAUCAGCAACUACCUCCUGGAGAAGAGUCGAGUGGUCAGCUUGCAACCGGGAGAAAGGAACUUCCACGCAUUUUACCAGUUGCUAAGUACAAACAACACACACACAAAGAAGUUUGGGCUAAACUCCAGUGCGGUCUAUAAGAUACUGGGUAGCGAGAGAACGACUGCGCAGGAUUCGAAACUUUAUUCCCUAACAAACAGCGCUUUUAACGCUUUGGGAUUCGCGCCAUCUGUUGUCGACGAUAUUUGGAGUAUUGUUGCUGGAGUAAUAUUGCUGGGUGAACUAACAUUCUCAGAAGGUCCCGAUGGGCAAGUCUCCAUAGGUGGACCGCUGAGGCAAUGUGUAACAGCACUGGGUGUGACGGAGGAUAACCUUCGCAGAGCCAUGUCCGGUCGGGUGCUUGCUGCUGGCGGCGAGCUGGUCAGCAAAGAGCAUUCACUAAUCGAUGCCAAUUACACUAGAUUAGCGUUGGCUAAAGCAGCAUAUGAUCGCCUGUUCACCUGGAUUGUGCAGCAGAUAAACAAAAAGAUCGAAGUACCCCAAGGCGCUUGGGGCGGAUCGCUGAUCGGCGUCCUGGACAUAUACGGCUUUGAAAUAUUCGAGACGAACAGCUUCGAACAGUUUUGCAUUAACUACUGUAAUGAAAAGUUGCAGCAACUUUUUAUUGAACUGGUGCUGAAACAAGAGCAGGAAGAGUAUGCUAGAGAAGGAAUCCAGUGGACUCCUGUGAAGUACUUCAACAAUCGUAUAAUUUGCGAGCUGGUAGAAGCACCACAUCAGGGCAUCAUCGCCAUAAUGGAUGAGGCCUGUCUGAAUCCUACUAAGAUAUCAGACCAGCAGCUACUUGAGGCGAUGGACAAACGGCUGAACGGCCACAAACACUACACAUCGCGGCAACUUGCGCCCACAGAUAAGAAACUCAAACAUGGCGUCGAUUUCAGAAUUACACACUACGCAGGUGACGUGACGUACGCAAUAACUGGUUUCAUGGACAAGAACAAGGACUCCCUCUGGCAGGAUCUGAAAAGACUCCUUCACUUCUCCACCGUUGCGUCGCUGAAGGACAUGUGGCCUGAAGGCGGGACUAAUAUACAAAAGACGUCCAAACGACCACCAUCAGCGGCGACGCUGUUCCGAAACUCCAUGACGGCUCUGGUGCAAGGGUUGCAGAGUAAAGAACCGUUCUACGUACGCUGCAUCAAGCCGAACGCUCUACAGGCGCCGAACACCUGGGACGAACAGCUGGUCCGCCACCAGGUGGCGUAUCUCGGUCUAGUGGAGAAUGUGCGCGUGCGCCGCGCAGGUUUCGCGUCACGGCAACGAUACGAUCGAUUCCUGAAACGAUACAAGAUGCUCUCGCAGUACACUUGGCCGAACUUCCGCGGCGCAUCAGAUAAGGACGCCGUGAUGGUUCUGCUUAGGGACUUGCAAGUCACCGAUGUGCAGUUUGGUCAUACGAAACUCUUUAUUAGGAGUGCCAAAACAAUUCACGGUCUAGAAGCCGCACGCGCAGAGUUGAUACCGUCCAUCGUCGUUCUACUGCAGAAGCUGUGGAGGGGCACUGUGGCGCGCAUGCGCUACAAGAAAAUGAAGGCUGCCCUCACUAUAUACAACUCGUGGAAGCGAUACAGAUUUAGACGUUACAUCGCAUCACUACAGUCUGAACUGAAUCGUGGCCGCGGAGUCAUCAAGAGCUGGCCUAUCGCGCCGCGCGGUGUAGCUGUUCCGCUGCUCCAAGCAGCAUACAGACGCUGGAGAGCGUACCUCGUGCUGAAGCCGAUACCAAGAGAUCAGUGGUUGCAGCUGAAACUCAAGAUAUCAGCAGCUAGUGUGCUGAAGUCGCGGCGGGGGCAGUGGGGGGCGGGGCGGCAGUGGAAGGGAGACUAUUUGGCUGUUCAGACGUAUAAUGACAAAGCUUCGGUAUACCGGUCUGCUUUGGCCUCCCUCCAGAAGUCGCAGAACAUUGGAAAGCCACUGUUCUCGUGUCGGGUGCACAAAUUCAACCGAUACAACAAGCUGGCUGAGCGGUGCUUGCUCAUCACCAGCUCAGCAAUUUGGAAGCUGGACGCUAACAGCUUCAAGCUUCUCAAGAAACCAACGCCUAUCGCUGAGGUGGGAGCAAUACGUGUGAUGAGUAGUGAUGUGCAACUCGUGGUGAUAAGUGUGCCCUCAGCCAAGAACGAUCUGGUAGUGGGGCUAGUAUCCCCUCCCCCGGACCCGUCGAACGCCCACCCGGACCUCGUUGGAGAGCUCGUCGGUGUCCUCUCUAAUCGGUAUCACAUGUUAACAGGCUCAGACCUGCCAGUGGAAGUGGAAAGCGGUGCGACAACGCGAUGCACGCUAGGUGGGAAACAUCGCGCGCUACAGUUGCCUUCCCCUUCCUCCACGCCCACAGCCACGCCUGCGGCCACGCCCUUCACUCACGCGCACAAUGUAAUCACGUAUCAUCCAGCGUCUGCGCGUGCGUAA